AUGGCGCUGGCGCCGUUUCGCGGCAUCAACAGCCGAUUGGCCAACCGGUCAAUCCGGGUUAUGAUAUCCCCUACGCCGUCGACAUUUGCGGAGCGACGUUCGAUACUACAAGUUCUCAAGAAAUACGGACACAUUGAUGUUUUCAGGAGAGAAAAUUACGAACCCAAUCGAUACAUUUCCGUCACGAAAAGCGAAGACACAGCCAGAGCGCUGACGCGCCUGAGUCCCAUCGCCUGCCGCAUAUCGCUGCCGCAGAUUGAGCCUGAGAAGCGUGCGAGGCAGCUCCAGAGCCUGGCCGAGCCUUCGGCGCAGCCGCGCAUCGAAUUCCAGACACAGACGAGCAAGAGACACGAGGAACAUGGCCAGCCGUCGCAGGGCGCGGCACGAGAAGCAGGUAUCGACUACGAGACGCGCGAGUUUGUGCUCACCAUUGGCCCCGCGCGCGACUACGACCACGGCAACGCGGCGACCAAGGCGACCGAGUACACCAGCUGGCCGGAGGGCUACAAGACGGACAGGUCGUUUGCUGUGACGGCGCUGCGGGAGGCGCUGCCGGACACGCUGCUGAAGAAGGGCCUCUGCCACUGGAACGUCAAACCCGCGGCGCCAGACAGCCCGAGGGACAGCAUGCGCCAGCGACUGGAGCGGAAGCAGCAGAUACCAGGGCAGAUGUCGGCCGCCGACUCAGUCAAGCCGGCGCCAAAGCCGCAGCGAAGCAGGUGA